UGUACCUGUAGACCACCCGCACCCCCACCCCUCCCUGCCUGAUGGUAUGAUCCUUGUCUGUCAUCACCUGACUGGUCGCAAGGACGUCAUUAACACCACAACAGUCAGUGCAUGGAGUGCCCGUGGCCCGGAGAAGAUCAUCCUAUCAGUCUGCCUUGAAUUCAUUUGUUUUUUUUUUAAAACGACUCUCGGAUGGGAGCCGGCUCUUGUCUUCACUUGAAAGAGCCGGCUCAAAGAGCCGACUCGUUCGCGAGGAAGAACCAUCUGCCGUAGGUAGGAAUGAAGAGCUGGUGUAACGGGAUUCCUGCAGAUGUUUACGCUCCUUUUAACUCUGCUGCUCCUCCAUCGUACAACUACAAGUCAAAGUAAAAAGAGAAAGCAUGAAGACCAACAGGAUGAUCGUCCAUACUGUAUAUGAAGAAGUUGCCAAAUGCCUUCGUGCUGUUCAUGAAGGAGCAGAGGCCAAAUGUUGUGGCCAAACUGAACAUCAGCGGAAGUGCUGCGAUAAAUACCAUGCUGGGACAGAGGUGGAAGUCGCUGUCGAAAGAGGAGCAAGCCAAAUAUUAUGAAGGGGCAGACAAAGAGCGACAGCUCCACUCACAGCGACACCCCGACUGGUCAUCCAGCAACACUUACGGAAAAAAGAGACAGAGGGAGAGGAGCAAGACGCCCCAAAAGGCUGAAGACUCACAGUCUGAGGACUCCAAACAGCAGAGGUGAAAGGCCAAACCUCUAAAAGCAAAGCUGAGCCGUGACAUCUGAUGUCUGAGGCCCUGCCCCUCCUCGCAGCCUUUCCCAACAACGCCUCGCGCUGUGUUGCUGACGUCUGUCUUUCCUGCGUCCGUGCCAGGAAAACCCAGAUUGUGUUGUGAUGAAGUAGAAGAGGAAAUGCAGGAAGAGCCGAGAAGAGAUUAUGUGGAAAGGUUUUUUCUCACUAAGAAGGCGCCCUCUUUAUUGUAAUUAAGAUUACAAUAACGGAGAUAAAGAUAACUCUAUUUGUAUUAAAAGUAUU